AUGCAUGCGUUAAUACUGUGUGAUUAUUCUAGAUUAGUAUGGGAACUGUCGGGAUUGCCUGUUACUAAUAUUUUUUCUGAUUCAUUGUCAACAUGGCUUAUGUGGAUUUUUAAUGUCUUGACAGAGGAACAGUGUGGUCUAGCUGCAGCUAUUCUAUACAAUAUUUGGAGUGCCCGAAAUACUGCGGUAUGGGAACAUGCCCUCUCGAGACCAAAUCAGACUUGGCGCCGGUCGGUGGCAGCCGUACAGGCCUAUCGCCAAUCACGGCCCACGGUCUCCGCAUCACUGCUCGCCACGACAGCCGUAGCCGGUCCCGGCAGCGUCCCACGAUGUUACGUCGAUGCGGGAUACAGACCACAUACCGGGGAGGCGACUUAUGGAGCAGUACUCAUCUCACACCACGACGGUUUUAUUGCAGCAGCAAGUGGAAAGAUCCCCGGGGCUCUCUCCGCUACUAUGGCCGAAGCGCUCGCUUGCAAGGAGGCACUAUCUUGGCUUAAAAAUCGGGAUGUUACGGAGGUGGACAUAUUAACGGAUUGCUUGGAAUUUCGGAACUAUCUACACUCAAGCCGUACGGCUAAUUACUCCUACCUUGGGAUCAUCAUCGACCAAUGUAGGACGACUAUAUCGCUAUUUGCAAAAUGUUCUUUAAGUUAUGUUUCUAGAAAUUUAAAUUUACAUGCCCAUACUUUAGCUUCGUUAGCUUUCGAUCAGGAGCAUUCUAUGUACUGGGACUCUGUCCCUCCUGACUCUAUCAUUCACUUUAUUCAUUAA